UUUAUUAUUUUAUAUCUGUUGUAAAUUGAUAUAAUCAACCGCGCUCACGAUGUUUAAGGCACAGACUGUUAACCUUGCUCAAUGUCUCGCGGAUUUAGUUAUAUGCUGUAUUGGCUAUAUGUAUAAAAAUAUGCAAUAUGCAUAGCGCUGCUAUAUAGCCAUUUUUGCUCCAACUUUUUACGACCACUACCAGCGCGACAGUGUAGUCAAGUUGUAGGGUAAAGUGUAUUACAUGUAUAGAAAUAGAUGAACGGGCGAACUCACAUGGCCUUUGUUAGUGGCUAAUGCAUAUAAUGAAUAUGUGCAUACGAAAUACGGUGUGUGAAGGAGAUCAGUCUUCGAAUGUAUCCAGUCUCUCCCGCGAUUUUUAUAUAAGAACAUUGAACACACCAUAAAUUUUUAAAUUUAAUUCUUUUUUUUGUGGAGAUAUAUUUAUGUAUAAAAUUGGAUGUGUAAUAAUGUGUGGAGGCAAUAUAUGUGUAUAUGGAUGGGUAUCUUUUAUUGUUAAUGGAGUAUAUAUUAUCAUCACAUAGAACGGAGAGAGAUUAUGUGUGUGCGAGAUGCGCUGGGAGUUGUUUGUAUAGGAGUGAAAUGUGUUGGCCACUCAAAAAUUGGAUUUAAUGUGGUAGACGAAUUCAAUUCCAAACCGCGACAACAAAACUUUUUUGUGUAAAACAUUGUAAAGUAAGAGCGCGGGUACUUUAGUUUGAAAAGUACAGUUUAACCGUUCAGCAGUCGGUCGGUUCGGGCUGGCGUGCGACUCAAAAUUAAAUUUAUGAUUUGUUUUUAUAUUAAAUUUAUAUAAAAAAAACUCUCCAUCACGUAGAUAAUAUUGUAUGUAUGAAUUCGGUGUGUGUAACACAAUAAUGAUAUUGGCGGAAUUUUCGAAAUAAUAAAAUUUAAAAAAAAAAAAGUUUCGAGGAAAAUGACUUUGGAUGAUAAUUUUUUUCGGAAAUAAAACGACCCAAAAAAAAAGUUUCAAUUGAAAAUAAAAGAAGAAAAAAAUCGAAAAAUAAAAAUAAAUAAAUAUGUGAAAUACCAGUCCAGUAUUCGUACGUUGGGAUAUUUUUCGUUAAAACAUAUGUGUGGUGAAUGAAUGUAAUUCGCGAAUCGGUUCGGUGUUGUUUUUUUUCGUCUUUUAUUUUUGUUUUAUUUUAUUUUUAUUGCUGAGUUUCGUGUUACUGGCUUGAUGAAAAUUUUAAUAACAAAUUCCUGGUGUGUGAUCAUUUAUUAUGUUUUUAUCAACAAUAUCGUAAACAGGAUUAAUGUGAUAUUUGUCUAGUUGUGGCAGUCCAACGAAUACAAUAAGGAAAAAAGAGGAUUAAUUUAGACAAACAGAAACAAAAACGAUUCAUCUAGUCAUCACAAAUUAACCUGCGGUGUUUACUUGUUGUUAUGAUUUUGUUAUUCAAGAAAAAAUAUUUCUGUGAAACAUUCGGUGGACUUUAUAAAUUCAACAUACGAGAGUUUCUUUACAUAUGUUAUCGCCAAUCAUUAAACGAAUAAAUCAGUGGGUUUAGGCGAUUCUCUUGGAGCGCAAUUUAAUAUACAUAUGGAAGAAAUUAACGAAACUUCCAACCCAGCAAUACAAAAUGGAAAAACUACUGAGACAUUUUACGGACUAGUUAGUUCCACAUAAAUCCACAAAAUGGCAAUCAAUUUUUCAGCAUCAUUUGCCGCCUGUCUGGCGGCACGAUUAAAAGUUCCUUCGCAAAUAAUGUACUGUAUAUCGCAGGACACUGGAGCACCAUAUGUUUUGUACAAGGAUUCGCAGGAAGCGGCAGAAAGAAGUGCUUUAGGUGGACAAUGGGGAGCUGAUAUGUAUCCGACAGUGCAACAGAGUCCACAGCAAGCACACAUCACUAAUCAUCAUGCACCACCAACUCAACAACCUCAACAAUCACAACAGCAAACACCACAAAGUCCUCCAGGUGAUGAACAACAGAACGAACAACCGGCACAUGCCGGAGCUGGAGCACUUCCCUCUCCACCAGCGCCUAGUCCAUACCCGCGAGCAAAUAACAAUACAACCACAGAAAUGGAGGAUGACGGAACGUCUAUCAAUCAGGUACAAUCACUGCAACAACAACAGCAUCAGCAACAGCAACAACAGCAAACAACGUCACAAGCAAUAGCGCAACAAUCAAAUCAACAACAAUCGUCGCCUGAACAAAACAUAGACAUGACACCUGAACAACAGAGUCAACAGAAUUCGCAGACACAACAACAACAAACCACAUCGACACAACCGGCUGGGCCGCAAUGUUUUACUGAGCCACAGCCACAAACCGAACAACUAAAUUACUAUGCACCAAGGCAUCCUGGCCAAACUUCCAUGCUAGCACCACCAGGAUUUCCACCGUUACACUAUUUAAACAAACCUUUACUGCCUGGUAUGGGAAUGGAUCAAAGCAACGCUCUCGAGCAAUAUGCAAUGCCAGACCUAUUACCCGGCCACAAUAUGCAUCAAACCACACCUUCGCCUGGUUCAAUGAAAUCCAAAGGAUCCGAUUUGCGAUUAUUUAAGUGUCUAACAUGUGGUAAAGAUUUCAAGCAAAAAAGUACACUCCUGCAACAUGAACGAAUCCACACCGACUCACGGCCGUAUGGAUGUCCCGAAUGUGGGAAAAGGUUUCGGCAGCAGUCUCAUCUUACGCAGCAUUUAAGAAUCCAUGCAAAUGAGAAACCAUUUUCUUGUGCCUACUGUCCGCGGAGCUUUAGACAACGAGCAAUACUCAAUCAGCACCUUAGGAUCCACUCGGGUGAGAAGCCUUACGAAUGUCACGAAUGCGGCAAACAUUUUAGACAGAAAGCCAUCCUCAACCAACAUGUGCGCACCCAUCAAGAUGUAUCGCCACAUUUAAUAUUCAAAAAUGGUCCACAUCCGACACUGUGGCCUCAAGACAUGCCCUAUCCACCCGACGAAGCCGAAACGAAAAACGAGCAAAAUAACGGAUAUGCUGAUGAUGCCUCGCAAGGCACACCAGAAUCACGAGGCUGUUUUUCGCCGGAAGGCACUAUUGGCGGUCUGCAAUAUCCAGCUUAUUUCAAAGAUGCAAAAGGUGUAAGCCAUUCGGUGUUUGGUGCCAAUCUGGGAUCGUUGCAGUACUUAAAACAAGGUUCGAAAGGUAUGCUGCCCGAUGUCAUUCAGCAUGGUCGGUCAGCUGGUAUGCCUCUCUACGUGCGUUGUCCAAUUUGUCAAAAAGAAUUCAAACAGAAGAGCACGCUGCUUCAGCAUGGUUGUAUACAUAUUGAAUCACGACCAUAUCCUUGUCCGGAAUGCGGUAAAAGAUUCAGGCAACAGUCACAUUUAACGCAACAUCUGCGGAUCCACACGAACGAGAAACCUUAUGGUUGUGUAUAUUGUCCAAGGUUUUUCCGGCAAAGAACCAUUUUGAAUCAGCACAUUCGAAUUCAUACCGGUGAGAAGCCUUAUAAGUGCGGUCAAUGUGGCAAGGAUUUCAGACAGAAAGCGAUACUGGAUCAACACACCAGAACGCACCAGGUAGGUGACCGUCCAUUUUGCUGUCCAAUGCCGAAUUGUCGACGUCGAUUUGCCACCGAACCAGAAGUGAAGAAACACAUCGAUAACCAUAUGAACCCGCAUGCGUCCAAAUCGCGUCGUCUGAACACAAUGACAGGCGACGGCACUAAGACACCAUUUCAAAUGACAAUGGACAAACAGUCGAAUUUGAUACCUCGCAUGGGACCGGUCGUCAAACAUGAACUGUAUUUCCCGCAAUGCUAUGCACCACCGUUUAAUCAAGCGUUCGGCGUACAACAACAACCACAUAGUGGAACAACAGCGCCGACACCUUCAGCUGUUCCACCGCCGGCAGUGGUCCAGUGACACACAGCUAGUCCGUUUGGAUUUCGUGAAUAUGUUAAAGUAGCUGAAGAUUACGCAAGGUAAAAAAAAAGAAACUCAAAAACCAAAAAUCAAAGGAAAAAAAUGGCAAAAAAUUCGUCAGUUGAUAGUUUACGCUAAGAUUUCUCUUGAAUCAAUUUGAUAAUCUGCACUUUUGUUUAACACGAAGUCUGCUAUAAUUUGUCCAUUCAAUUGAAACUCUUCCGAACAAAAAACAGGCCGCUGCGUGAAGCCCAUUACGGAGUCUUAGAACCCUUGUGCAUGCUGGGAAUAUUAAACAAAAAAACUAUUCGUCGUACCGUUGCUCUCCAGAAAAUCUAGUAUUAUCGUUAGCCAUAAAGACAUCCAUCCAGGACAUUACCUUAAUCGAGAAUUUUUGUAUGAAAAUUCUGCGAACAAAUGUAUUUACAAAAUUUUAGACGAAAAUGUCUACUGACUUCCAAAUUUCCACCCAAUCAUUGUUCACGAGGGAGUGGUUUGACUUUCGCUAACUCCAUUGACUCUAUCCGUCGAUAAACUGAAUCGUACUUCUAAUGAAUUUCUUUCCUCAUUUAACUACUUCGUAGGAGACUUUACGCAGCCGUUUUUCUUUGCAAAUUUGGCAUCUCUGAAACAAAUGUUUUCCUGAACCCUUGAAUCGAUGCUAUCAAUUGGUGCAUAUAAUUACAGCAUCAAAUACUAAUUUGCCAAUACUAAAUGGAGUAACCCCUUUACAAAAAUCCUACCAUAUACAGAGCCAACAAGUAUUUUACCUUUAUUAUAAAUAACUCUGCUAUCAUAGCCUUGUCCCCUAUAUCCAAAUCAUUUUCCGCAAAGCGGAUUUUUUAGUGAUUUAAGUGAACAAACUUGUUUUUUUUUACAUUUUCUGUGCCACGCAAUUUAUUGUAUUUAUUUUGUAAACUCUAGCGGAACAAAUUUAUUAAUUCAAUUGAAGUAAAAAUGUUUUUAUUAGUUCGUUUUUGUUAGUUUUAUGAACACACAACCUAAUUGUUUAAGAAAACUAUUGGUUACCUCUGCAAAAUAAUUAAUUUUCCUGUUGAAUCUCGACAUAAAUUUAAUAGAUUAAGAGCCGAUGUGUGUAUAUCUGUACCUCAUCAGGUCACCCUCUGAGAUCUACGCCAUAUUGUUACUUUUAAAGUAUAAAAUGACCAAGUGCGGAAAUGAAAAAGCAGUGUAAAAUCAUACAUUUCCACACUCACAUAAGUUACAAAUUAUGUCCAAUUGUGACACUCGGUUGCAGAAACAUUUUUUUUUCUUCUUUUAUUUUUGAUAAAGAUAAAAAGAUUUAUUUUUAGAUAACAAGUUAACACGUUUUUUUGGGUCUUCGUAAAUUUUCUUGAUUUUUUUUCGAAUUUGCUUCCCUUUAUGUACAGUAGUGUGACGUUUGGAAAAAUGAAGAUCUCACUCCUGUACAUAAAAUCUUGCUGCUAACUUGUGCCUAAACAGGAAUUUUGCACAUACGAUGUGCUGUCAACCUCGGCUUCGCCUCGGGUCAACAAUUUACACAUCUAUUGCGCAAAAUUUACAUUUAGGCACAUGUAAAAUGUAUGUUACAAACAUUUGAAGUACAAGAUUUAAAAUACUUUGAUCAAUGGACCCGUAAAACGGGUCAUAUGCUCGCGCUCUUUAACAGGUUAAGUUUACGAUCUUGUGUUUGUCUAGUAUGUUUGGUAAGAUUUUGGAAUGUUGAUGUUCAUCUCCAAGCAAAGCCGUUCGAGCAUUUGUAUAAGGAUUUGUUGAAAUUCUAUUUUGAGAAAUAAAAGAAAAAUUUCAAGAAAAAUUCGAAAAAAUUAAGAAAAUUCACAAAGUUUCCAGAAAUAGUGCUUUCGAAGAACAGGCAAUCAUUGUCACCGAGUUGCAUACAACGUUUUUCUCAACGAAACCAGUGCUUUUCGUCACUGAAUUAAAAAAUGUUUGUCAUAUCGGUUAGUAUAAUAUAAUGGCAUAGAUUUCAAACGGCUCCCUUACUAGUGACUGAUAUGCAUACUUAGGCUCUCUGUCUAUAAACUGAUUAAGAAAAGACUAAAUUCAAAAUCGAGUGCAUUUAUGUAACGGAAUAAUUUUUAAGAUUUUUUUUCUUUUUAAAUUAAGAUCUCUUCUCGUUGAAUUGGACAUUUUUCUGAUUAAAUAAAAAAGCAACAAAAAAGGACAAAAUAAAAAAAAUGGAAAACUAAAAGUUAAAAUAAAACUCAGAAACAUAAGACAAAAGAAAACUUAAAAAUUUGUAAAAAAAAGUAAAUUUAGUUGAUAAGCGCAAAAAAAAUAAUUAAAAAAAAAAAUUAUUGAAAGAGAAGAAAAGUCAAACAGUAGAUGAAAGAUUCGUUUUUCUUGACGAUCGACAUAUUACACAUAUACGAAUGGUAUAUUGAAACAUAAAAACAAACACAAAAAAUUAUAUAUAAAAAAUGAAUACUUUAUUAAGGAACGAGAGUGCCUAGCGCAGCUAUGUACUCGUGAAAUGACCAACACUUUAUUAUGAUGCUUAUUGCGAUCAAACAAUAAAAAUUGAAUGUUUGUAAAUCGAUGCAAAUUUUCUAGCCAAUUACCUCAAAUCAAAAUAUAUUUCAAUUGAACUUAAAACAAAAUGACAAACAACUGAACAAGAAAUAGAUUAAUUGAUAACAAAACAAUAAACUAAAUAUUUUUUUAAAAAUACAACAAAAAACAAUUAAUUAAUUGCCAUACAGAUCAGCAGCUUCCACACAGAUAUAACAUUACAAUGUACAAAAUGGUGCUAUUUUAUACACAAGUUACAAUAGUUAAACAAAUCAAGUUAUAAUUGAAAAUAUUUACAUUUUAUUUACAGGCCAUAUACAGCAACGCAAUAAAUAAGUCCAUUAAUCCAUUAUUAACAGAAUAUUUAACACAAUAAAAUAGUAGCAGAAAUAUGAACUUUUAUUCUAAAUAAAAAUAAAAUAAACAAAAAAAUGAAACAGAACAAUUACAAAAUACAAAAUGAAAAUAUUAAAACGAAACUUUCCCAUUUAUGUAACACGGAAAAGCAUUCAAUUCAAUCAAAUUGAUUGUAUUUUGUGCCGAAUAAUGGUUGCGAAUGGGAAUGCAACAAAACGAAAUUUGCUGAAUAAUUUAUUUGAAUUUUAGAGUUUGAUCGCAUCCAUCAAUUAACCAACCGGUAAAAUUUUGUUGAGAUCAUUUUUGAUAAAGGAUUAUUCGAUUUUCUAAGUUUACAAGAUUUUAGUUGAGCGGGCCUUAGUUUCUUCAGGAUCUGUUCACCAAGUCUCAGAUCAGACCAGGUCCGACUUGGGACGGGAUCAAGUUUCAAAAGUUGAAUUUCAGCUAUAAAACAAACCAAAAUACCAAUAACGAGUAUUCUUUAAAAAGCCGACUGUAUCAGAUGUUAUCGACCACGACGAUAAAAUAAAUACUGAGCUCUACUUUACAUCGUCUUUUAUAGCAAAAUGAAUGUCAAAACUAAUGAAGCAAAAGAUUUAUUUCAGUCUCUUGAAACAACUUAAAUGUCAAAUGAAGUAACAGAUUUGAUAAUUAUCCUGAUAUCAUUAGGCAUGCUGUCUGUGAAAGAUUAAGCGUAGUAAAAACUUUGAGUCACAUUACAACAUACAAUUUCCCGGUUUUUUAUAAAGAAAUUGAAGAAAUUGUUUAAAGUCUUCGAUUAGUGAUCAGGAUUCACGACAGAGUUUAUUUCCAUCUUUGUAUAAAACUUAAUUUUUUUUUGCGCCUGAAAAAGAGGAAUCCUGCUUAGGAUCUCUUGAAACCAUAGAGUUAUACUUGAGAGUAGACAUGGUGGCGCUUACGCUAAUCGGCACCAAAAAAAAAGUUUUAAAAUGAGUGUGCUGUAAUAUGUACAGUAGAUUUUCCAAAAAAAUCGAGUUUUUUCCCCGAAAUCGCCGAGGCUGUAAAUCUAUUCUUUGUCAACCAGACUGAACGGUUAAUGGAUGAACAAAGCAAUGAGAAUUUCACGAGUAUUAUACUGUCCUGUCUUGCCAAUAUGUAAGUGUGGUUUUUUUAUAAGUCUAAUUUUUAAAUAAAAUAAAAAAAAAACUUUAAAAUAAACAAAACAAACAAAAUCUUUAUCAAAAUAUUUUAAAUACUUCUAAAGUAAUAUUUUAACUAAAGUGUAUAGCCGUUACAAAAUAAUAUAUGUACUUAAAUAAUGGUAUUGUGAUUUAAUUUUAAUGAAUUUAAUUAAAAUAAACAGAAAAGGAGAAAAGAAAAUGUCCUCUCUGUGGUAAUAUAAUCGAGAAAGGGGGGGACUCAAAAACGAUUUUAAAUCAUUACAGACAUUUUUCAAAAUUCAUUAUCAAACAACAAAAGGAAAAAAAAACUUAAAUAAAUAAAUUAUUGAUAAGCAAAACAAAAAGAAGCAAAGAAAUUGUGGAAUAAUAUUUAAAAUAUUGGGAAAAAAAAGACUCAAACUUAACAUUGAACAACCACAAAACGAUGAUGGUAUUGUAAUGAACAAAUUUUUAUUAAGUUUUUAUACCCAGAGACACUCCUCUUUUGAUAUCAAAGAUUUCUUUUUUUUUUUUAAAUAUUUCUCGUUUAAAAUUUAGUAAAAUUAAAAUACAUUUCGACAGUUCAAAGCUGCCCUUGUAUUGGUGACAUGAUAUUUGAUUUUGAAUAAUUUUUUCUUAAAGAAUACAAAAACAAGGUUAGUUAAUUGAAUUUAUUAAUUUUAAAAUGGAGAAUUGAAGGCUCAAAAUUGUUUUACAUUUAAAAUUAAUGUUGUACGUUAUUUCAUGUAAAAGAAUUGCAUCAAUUUUUUUCUACGUUGUAAAAGUUGAUUUUUUACGAGAUAUCCAUGUCUUCAGUCUUUUGUAGGUGAUUUGCAAUUAAUUUUUUAUUCGGAAGACUCAUCCGAUUAAACUGGAAAAGUGUCAAGUUUCAUAAUUUUUGAACGUAGUAAAACUGAAAACAAAAUAGAGAAACCCCUAAAAAUGCACUACCAUUUUGGCCGACUCAAAUCUGUGGAGUGUUGACUCGAAAUCGAAAAAAUUCAGGAGCACCAAAAGUUUGAUCUUAAAGAGUCAAAAAAUCGGAAAGUAAUGAACUCUUCAAAGAGAGACUGAGAUGACAAACACCUUUUGAGGAUGGAUUAGAGGUGAGUGGGCUGCCCAUAAAAGUGGGCUGCCCACGCCCAUGGGCAUGCCCACGGGACAUGGGCAUGGGCAUUUUUCAAUUUCGUGGGCAUAGGGCGCAGAAUGGGCACUUUUCAAAAAUGUGUGAGCCCACAAACUUAAGUCUUAAGUGUAGUCAAGAUUUUCCGUACGAUGUAAUAUUCAUCAAGAAAUUUUAAAACGGCUUUCGCACAUAAAAUCGUGUUUCCAACUCAUCAAUUUACUAGAAUUUUGCACGAACGAUGUGCUGUCAACCUCAGUUUCGCCUCAGAUUGACAAUUUUCAAAUUUUUUGCGAAAAUUUCCGAUGUGGGCCUUGGGCAUGGGCUGGGCAGUGGGCAUGCUUUU